AUUUGCAACAAUCCUUUUCUUUCUGGCACUUUGGAGAAAAAUUUCCAGGACUUUUUGACAGAUGUGAGGGUUCCAGUAGGAUUUACAGAUGACUACAAACUGGAGCCACAUCACACAACAUAUAAAUUCCGCCACAAAUUGGUCAAAACGUUUAUUGAUAAAAAAAAAUAUGAAGACUUUCGCCUAACAGACAAUUCGCACUUCAACCAGUUCUUUGAUGAACUCAAACAGUUUGCAGAAUUAUCAGAGACUGAGGGAAGUUUUUCUGAUUUUGAUCUUGAGCAAACAGUUAGACUGCAGAAAAUCGAUUUGUUUGAGGAAAAUGUAAAAGUUCAAGGUGUCGUGGUAUGCAAAUUUAGUAAAAAAGCAAAGGUGUGUGUUUUGAUAAAAAGGAAAGAUCUCUGCAGAGGACAAACAGGCAGUUUCUCACUGUCUGAAGUUUUUGUGGAUCUUCGUGAGGAAGAUGACACUGGUCAUGAAGGAUUUCAUCUUAAACUGGCUGUGGGAGACAUUGUAGAAGUAACAAAGUGUCGGAGAAAGGAGGGAACUGCAUUGGAACCAGAGAUAGUGAAGUAGGUCAAUCAAUUUUUGAAGCAUGCGGGAUUAGGGAAAGUUCAUUUAAUAUGACAAGGGGGGGGAUGAAGAUAUUGAGGGGGGGCUCCGAAAAUUUUUAGACACCCGAAGGGGGGGCUCUGAAAAAAUUGUUGCGCUAGGAGGGGGGGCUCCAAAAAUUUGCAUACUUCAAAACUAACACAUGACAUCAUCAUACAGAUCGGAUGGUUUUCAACUCAACAAUUUAAUGACCUGUGCAACUCAGCUAUAUCACGUGGUUUACAGAUAUAACAAAUGUAGUCUCAGUAAUUAUUACACUCUUGUUCAUCCCAAAAAUGCUUUAGAAAAUUGUAACACAACUGUAUCUCAAGUUUGUCAUAGUAUAAACCAUUGAAGACAAUAACGGUAAAUAUAUUUAAUACAGUCUAGCGAUCUUUUUUCAGGGGAGCAAAGGAAUUGAAGGAGGAGGGGGGGGGCUCUGAAAUUUUUUCGACUACCAAGGAGGGGGCUUCUAAAAAAUUGAACCGCUAGCGAGGGGGGCUGCUAAAAUUUCAAGCUUCGAGCCCCCCCUCCUAGUGCAACAAUUUUUUCAGAGCCCCCCCUUCGGGUGUCUAAAAAUUUUCGGAGCCCCCCCUCAAUAUCUUCAUCCCCCCCCUUGUCAUAUUAAAUGAACUUUCCCUUAUAUAGACAGAAAUUCUCACAUAAGACAAAGCAUUGCAUGUAAUAUCUGCCAAGGGUGCUUAAAUGGCAGUGGAGAUAUGGGUCAGAUCCUGGAAGGGUAUUUCUGCUGUGAUCUGAAAUUUGAGCACUCAAAGUAAAAGUAUUGGAUUCAGGAAGCAUCAACAAGAUACACCAUUGGACUGCUUCCACAAAACAGGACUCGGCAAAAUUUGGGCACGGGAGCUGGAUCGGGAAAGAAAACAAUAUUGGAAAAAGCAAUGUCAGGAGUUUGAGAUGGUGGAUUUGAUCUUGUGAAAAAGGGGCUGAGAUGCAAGAUCAAACACCCCACCCCCACCCCCACCCCCUCCCCUGUCUUUCUACACCCUUAUGGGCAUCUGUUUUUGCUUGUCCCUGAAAAUUUUAAAACACAGGGAAGAAGCCUUUGCAACUUAAGCUUUUUUUCAUAUCAGCAUAAAUGCUUGAAGACUAGUUAACAUCAAAGAUAAAAUCAAUGGUGCUGCAGUUUAUGUUGGAAGCUCACUGACAGUGCUCAGUUCUAAUUGUUCAUAAAUUGUGAAUGAUUAUAUAAAUUUAUGUGAUGGUAAAAUAUGAGAUCAACAUGAUAGGAAUACUCUCAAACAUUCUGCACCAUCAGGUCCACAAAAACAUAUACAGCUGUAAAAAAUGAUUAAACCAUUUAUUUUUUAUUUUUCCCAUAUCUUGCAAAGGUGUUAUUCAUUAAGUGACACUCAAAUUGAGGUAUUUCUGAGGCAUUUGUCAAACUUUGCACAAGACAGUGGUUCAUCUGCAACUAGGAUUGAAAUCACAAGGUAUUUAUAUUACAUACCGGUAAUAUAAUUUCAUUAAUCCUAUCCACAACUUAAACAAAUGGACCAACCUGUGUGUGACCAUAAUACUUGUACCUCUUGUGACAUUUAUAUAUAUUUAAUACUCUAACAAGGGUUUUGAUAGAUGUAAAUCAUGUGGAGGACAAAGAAAUAUCUUGAAGCAUACUUAAUUAACUAAGAUAAUGAUACAAAGGGAUUGGCUGUCCAAAAAAAAUAAAUAAUAAUAAUAAUAACAAUAAAAUUAAUAAUGAUUUAAUAUAUUAAUCGUGUAGCCUCAAGAUAAAUAAUAUUAAGAGAUGCAAUAAUGUACCAGAAUUGAGUUUUAUCAUCUGAAAGGUUUGGUCAUUCCAUGUACCAGCUCUAUCAAUACACCAUAUACUGAUUUACUAAGCUAGUUAUUGUAAGUGCAGGGCAUUAAGUCUUCUGUAUGGCCUGCUUCUGCUGUUUUUAAUUCAAUCCAGGUAUAUAGAGGUAUUACAUUCAUCUAAGUAGCCAGCUAGUAUACUGUGUGCAACGGAAGAUUCAAUAAACUAUGAAAUAGAUGGCUUAAUUGUAAUGUUUGAAAGAGUCUUGAUUUUUCCUCUUUUAAGGUUCUCUGCAGCCUGGGAGUACAUCCUUAAUCUUUCCAAGGAGAAAUACACAGACAAGAUGAUCGUUCAGAUUUUUGAAAUCAUUAACAAGAUUUCCACAGUUGUCCCUAUGUCACCUACAGUGAGUGCAAUAGUUCAGGAAUUUCAGCAGAGUAUACUGUUUGGUUCAGUCGUUCCUGGUUACAUAAAUAAAGUGACUGGGAAAACAAGCCAUCUCAGGUACUUUUUUAUGAUUUUAUAUUAAUUUAUCGUAAAUGCACUUUAACGUUCCCGUGAAAGGGGCAAAAGGUUGGUAUUUCUGUAAAGGACAUCCAAACACUGAAAAAAGAAUAUAUCUAAUACAGUCGAAGCUCUCAUGAGCGACUACCUUGGAACUUUGAAAAAGUUGUUGUAACUAGAGCUGUUCGCUUACGAGAAUGAGCUCUCAUAAGCAAGCGCAUGACAAAACAAUAGAGGGUGGUCGCUUACAAACACUUCAGAAACUCAUUAAUAAUUCAUAAAGGAAAAAAAGAAAUUAAUGUUUAAUGAGUGUCUUUAUAUUCAAUAUAGACACGCCUAAACUUUACGUCCAGUUUUUUUAUUCUAAAAUAACCCCAAGAUCUUUAUCAGCGAGCUCAGUUAGCCUAGUGUGCAGUUUCAUUGAAGUGUUGAUUUACAUGAACAAGACUCUGAGUGGUCACUUACAAGAGCUUAAAAAACAAAGAAAAUGCCCAGUUGGGUUAUCCCAAGAGUGGCCUCGGUUGCUUAUGGGUGCAGUCGCUUAAGAGAGCUUUUCUUUACAAAGUUUAAGUUACAGUUCAAACAGGGUUUGACAGAGGUGGUCGUAACUAAAGCUGGUCGCCUGCAAGACAGGUCGCAAGGAGUCAGCUUCAACUGUAUAAUUUUUUCUUUUAUAUUAACUGCUGUUCUAUAUGUUUUUAAACAGUAUGGUUCAGCAGACCUUGGAACAUGUCAUCACUGCUGUUCCUGCCUCGGGUUUACAGGUGUUGCCCAUGGCAACAGACCUUGCUCAUAAUUUAGUCAAGGGCUCCAGCUCCAGUGAACGUGAAGCAAAGGAGUGUGGACAUUCAGCCAUAGCAUUCCUUUCAAAGAUGUGUUCAAUAAUUGCUUCAGAGGUACCUGGGGCUCAAAAAGAUGUUGAUAAGUUACCAUGGAAGGAACUGUCCUUAAUACCAGUCACAGAGGAGAUAUUCAGACCCAGUAAGUAUACUCACACUUUAGGAUCCCCAAUGGAGCUCUUCAAUCUCUUCAUCUCACCUUAACUUAAUCCAUAAUCCUUUAAAAUUUAAAAAUUUUCAUAUUUUUUGUUGGCUAUAUAUGUUUAAACUGUUGCCUUUAACCUGGUCCAAUGUUUUUUUCAUGCCAGGUUCAUUGUAAAUUAGUCUUUGUUAAUAAUAAUAAUAAUAAUGUUUAUUUCUUAUAUUGCGCAGUCUAGCAUGCGAUAAAGAUAUGAUCGAAUGCGCAUUACAACACUAAAAUCUUAAAGUAAUAAAGGCUAAUCCAAAUAAUGAUAAUAAUAAUAAUAAUUUACAAUUUUCAGAAAACAAUAAAAGUAAAAUAAGAGUUAAUAAAAGAACUAAUAAAAGCUAAUUUAAAAAGAUGUGUCUUUAGUAAAACUUUAAAAAUGGUCAAUGAUUGACAUUGUCUAAUUUCUAGAGGGAGUCGAUUCCAUACUUUGGGCGCAGCAUUUUCAAAUGCCCUGUCCUCUAGUGUCUUUUUUGUUCUAUAGGUAUUGUCCAUUAGGAGUAUGCCCCGGUCUGAUCUCAACUGAUACUGCGAGCUCUCUUUGAUUUUUAUCAAGUCUAAAAGAUAUUGUGGUGUGACGCCGUAGAUACAUUGUGAACGAGCAUUGCUAUCUUGAAUUCUUUUCUGUGGGUAACCGGAAGCCAGUGCAGGUUGAUCAGGGAUGGUUUGAUAGGAUCAUACCUAGAUAUAGUACAUACCAGCCGAGCUGCCGCGUUCUGCAGGCGUUGCAGCUUACCAAGAUGAACAGCGGGCGUACCAUAUAAUAGACCGUUACAAUAGUCUAAUCGUGACAUUAUAAUAGCCUGUACAAUGGAGUUCAUUUCAGAGUAUAUUUCACGACGUUCAGGAUAGUGCAGAUCACAAAUUUAUUUUUUUUUAUUUUUUAUUUUCUUAGUGUUCGUGUAUCUUGGUGCUUUAGAAUGUCAUUUGUGCCUGCAAAGUCAACUUUUUUUGAGUAAUGAAGUUAUUUCUCCUGACUAAAAACGAAAACAAUAAAACGGACGUUUUAGCAAGUCUACUCAAUUCCUAGAUCUUAAUUUAACCACAAUAUAACAUUACAAUUAUAACAAUCCCAAUUUUGUCCCCCCUUUUUCCUCAAUACCUGUAGUUCGGAAUUUUUGCCUUCAAAAGAGUCAAAUUUCAAAUCCCACUGGGGACCCUCUAGGUGAAUGUAGCUGUUGUCUGAAAGUAAUAGGUUCCCUUGUAAAUUAUACUGUCACUUGUAACCGUUUUUUUUAAAUUGAGCUCUGAAUGGAGAGAUUACUUUGGUCUAUAUUGUUUGUUUAUUAGUAGGCUUGAAGACUAGUGAUUUGCCAGUGAUCCGGGAAAAGGGCAACUAUGAAUCAGAGGAGGAUUACUUGAACACCUAUUUCAGACUUCUUCGAGAAGAAUGCUUUUACAAACUCAGGAAAGGAAUCAGUGAGUUCGUUGAGUAUGGGCAAGCAUCUAGCUCAAAAGACUUGACAAUGUACAGGUACGAAUGAGACAUUCGUUUUUAUAAAGCUUGCACAUAGGUGAUUAAUUGACACUUGAAAUCUACCAUAAAACGUUACAAAAUAAAACGAUGCUGCAGUUUCUGUUGAAACUAAUCUAUAGGGCAUCAAUUUAAAACAUCGUUUCAGUUGAUUACUCUUGCGUUUGAUUGCGCACUUCUCAGGAGAUAAAUAUAAUUUGCUCAUAGAGAGACAAACACUUCCGUUCUUAAUCACUUCAUAUAUAAUGCACUUGAUACUUUGAAAACUAGCCUGAGCUUUAGGGGCUUCUAGAGCAGCAAAGAAAGGCGUGGCCGUACACAGAUUAAGUUUGCACUGGCUGGAAAGUAUUUGGCCACACUUAUUUGACUCAUACUUACAUGUUAAUACGGCAACUUUUUUUGUAGGUUUUAACUCUUGUUUUCUCUUUCCUUUCUUUUUCCUAUUUUUUAGUUGUUUUUUCAAUGUUACGUUAAUAUAAUGCAAUUUUCAGGUGUAAGUAUUUAAUAGGUACUAAUUGGUGAAAAUUUAAAGGUUGAAAAAGCUUGUCCAGAAAAAAGGCUUCACAUGCUAUUUUGGUGUCGUAUGUUUCCAUUAGAUAACAACGGCUUGUUAUAAUAAGAAAUAAAUUAUCUGAUGUAAAAGUGUGUUUUGUAAAUUUCCGAGAAGGAUGCGGGGUUUGUGAAAACGGCGACGUCGUUGAAAUUUUAGAGAAAACUCGAGAGAGUGCGACUUUGACUUCGCCUCUCUAUGUUUGAGGAUCAAAUGCAGUGGAUGUUAACUUCAUUACCUCUCUUUCAGGGUUUCUCUUCGAGGAUGUUCUACCCGCCAUGAAAAUUCUCCAACUGUUAUGCUAAUUACUCUGGAGUAUGAAUUGCCAGAUUCAAAAGAAGGUCGUGAGAGCGAGUAAGUUGAUUAAAACAAAAUAUAUAACUAUUUUUUUCCAAAUUAUCGGUAAACAAUGCUUUGUAUUAUGUAAGCUUCAGCAAUAUUUUAUAGGUUUAAGUUCAGAAUACAUCCUCGGCAAUCCAAAACAACCCUUUAUCGCCGGCGCACCGUCACCUCGAAAGUUGUGAGCGCGGCCCUUUAUCUCUCUUGAUUCUCUGUUCGCCCUGUAUGUAUACCUUUCCGCACAACACCUAUUAUUGGACAUCUCCAUACCCCGUCAUGGUGCAGCAAUUUUUCGAUCUCGCGUUUUUUGUUAUCUACUUAGGAACGUAGAAUGGCUUAUGCAUGGCAGUCUCUUGUGUAUUUCAUUGGAUGGCUUUUUUGAAGAACCUGUUUGGGCCGUGGUAGAAAAACACUUUGCUGAUGAGAGGUUUGUUACUAAUCGUGGAGAAUUUUUUUUAGAAACAAUAAUUGUAUCUUUUAACCCCUCAUGUGCUUUGCGAGGUCAAUCAAUUAUUUUAUAAUAAAGUAAGGAGUGGAUAUAUAAUAACAACAAUAACACACAAAAACAGAAAGAAAGAAUAGAUUUUAAAAAGGGGAAUAUCUCUUUCUACCCUGCUAGUGGUCAGUGGUUUGUUUACGGCAUAGUAUUUAGCCUGUACAAAGUUGUUCGCGCCGGGGUACCUCGUUUUCCUGUGUUAAGGUUGGAAUCACAGGAAAAAACAACAGAUUCCCAUUUUUGGAUAUUUUAGGGUAUUUAAAGAAUACCCACAAAAAUCCCAAAUUUGGAAGAGUGAGACAAGUCCCAAUCGGGCAACUUGGUUGGGAAUUCCCUGGUUGGGGCUUGUCUUACUUUGCCAAAUUUGGGAUUUUUAUGGGUAUUCUUUAAAUACCCUAAAAUAUCCAAAAAGGGGAAUCUGUUAGUUUUUCCUGUGAAUAUACGGUCAUGUGCGAAAAUGAUUGAUAGUGGAAAAUUCGCCCAACUUUGAUUAUUGUUUUCACCAAACUUAGGCGAGAAUUAGCAAAAGGACUUUACUAGCUGAAAGGUUCGUGAAUCGAUAAUUUAUAGAAUUUUAAUGAUUUUCAGAAACUAAAUUGCAGCAAUUGGUGUGGCGAUUCGUCAGACCGAAUUCUCUUUAGUUUAAAGGCAGGCGUUGCAAUGUUGCAAAAAUGUUGCAACCAUUCAAAACAAUGUCGCAUCAAUGUUGUAAUAUUGUCACUUAAAAUGGUCGUUGCGAAUCGUACCGUGUAACAUCACCUUAAGUUCACCAGACAUCUAGCAAAGCUGACCAAAUGUCCUACACACUUGACCAGCCCCACGGAAAAAGGGUGAUGAACUACGUAGUGGUGAAAAUAUAUUAAAUCUAACUAACAUGCGAGGUUCCCGCUGCCGAAUACCGUUUAUUUCAGAGAAAAAAUGAAUAAAGCAUUUGAAUGUUUCUCAGAGGCAAUGAGUGCAUGCCUUUCACUUUGCGAGUCUAAUGAAUUUCUGUCAUUUAUUUCAGGCUUGUAGGAAUAACCCUUUGCGAAAAGGGAAAUACAAUGUCCGAGCCACAGUUUAUUGCAAAGAUGCAGGAACUUAAGAACAAAAGUAAGGUUAUGUUUAUGACGUCGAUUGUACACCUGUGAAUAGAGAAAGUUUUUUUGAAAAACAAGGACGUUAAUAAACGUGGAAGUGAAAUCUUUUUCUAGUCACCAAUUAGCCUAACUUAUGCCACGUGGGGUUGUUUGACGUUUCUUGUCUUUUCAUAGGGUAUUCUUCUCAACCUACGUCAGUUUUCCUCUCUCUGUCAAAUAUUCAACAGAAAUCAUUUAACUUUUGACAUGUGUGUUUACGUUCUAGAAAUCAGAGCAUUCAUGGCUGAAAGUCAAACCUUUUAUGUCUCAUAUGCUCCAGCCAUGGAAAUUCUCCAACACAGAGGUAUUACAACUUACAGUUAGCAACAUAAUGUAUCAAUAAUAAGCCGUCCGCAUAAGGAUACACUGAAAUUCGCGGGAAACAAAGUGAACUGUUUCCCUUGAGACCAGUCAUUGAGUGUUUUGUAAAAUAUAGCCCAAGAAAGAAACUUUUGUCGACAAAUUUAUGAGAGUAAAUCUCAAAGCGUCCAAUAUUCGCGGGUGACAUUUCUUCGGUACCCUUUGACGUCAUAGAUGUUACAGUUACCGUGGUACCCGCCCAGAGAUUUUUGGCGGGAAACAGUUUUAUUGUUCGAUGUCAUGUGACCUUGCCAUUGCUUUCUUUCCUCUGCUGCCCUUAUGAUUGGUUGCAAAAAAAAUCUUGCGCCUUUCGUUUCCAACCAAAUGCAAUCUGAAAUGAAACCAAGACUUAUUGUGACUUGCUCACGUGAUUUGCAGCCAGAUGUUUUAAAAAUGCAGAGGGUUCUCAAAGGUUCAUCGUAACUUUGAUACGACACGCUUUUUGAUCAUUCUCAGACCUAUUACUUGUUGGACCGGUAAGCUCAUGAAAAAGUUAUGAUACUUUGAAGAGGUUUUUUGAUAAGAGUAGAUCGAACUUUAAAAAAAAGAACGAGAAGAAAAAAGAAAUAUUACUGGUUUACUGGCGUAAUGAUCCCAUUUGUGAUGGUAGAGAAAUUCUCUCGAGCUGUAAGUAGCUCAGCUUGAUUUUAGGGAGUCAAGCCGUUUCAACUUUGAUGCUUAAUUGUGCUCCCAGUUUGCGAGUGAUUUGCUCUGCUUUUCGCUUCUAUCGUCUGUUAAUUGAAGUUGCUCUUAUUUAAGCACAUUUUGAAAGGUUCAUAAAUCAAUCAUCCUGAAAAAACCAACGAAUUUCCUUUUUUUUUUUUUCAGACCAUGUUCCAUUUAAGGAAUUCCUGGUUUAUCCAGACUCAAGACAGCAAGUGGACCCUCCAGAGUACAUCGGCAAAAUUAAACAUCCUCCAAACUGGGAAAUUAUCUACAAAAAGGAAGCACUCGCAAAGUUUAGUCGCGAAGAUGUGUCUCCUUCAAAUUACAGCCUCACUAAGGAUUUUGAAGAUCUGCGGCUGAAUAUAAGUUCUAGCGAGGCCAAGCCUGAUGAAACUCAGCUGACCGCAAUUGCGAUGGCUCUAAAACAUAGAGUGAUUUUGAUCCAGGUACUUGUGAAUUCAGUAUUUUAUUUUAAAGUUUGUAGUAGUGGAGGACCCUUGCGUGCCUUAGACGCGCGCAAGCAAUGUCCCAUACUCAUCUGAAAGAAAUUGGUCCUCCAUUCAUCUUCACAAUCGCAGCGUUGUCUUCCGAACACCCCGGGAGGCUUAUUUUGAUUGAAAGGACUUAUUUGAAAGGGCGAAGAAGAAAAGUGAAUGAACGUGAAAUUGAAGUCAGUUUUUCAGCAAUAUUUUCAUUGUCCUCGCGGUGUUUGUAGCGUAUGGUCCUAGUUACGGUGGACUUUGUGCCAAAAUCACAGUUUCUUGUCAAAUAUGUCUCCAAUGAAUUUUUUUAAACGUUUCAAAGAACAAAAAUGAACUUUGAAAAACGUUUAAGCCAACGAGUAUUCAAAAACCACAAUUGACUUCUUUUCAGUCUUCUUCAAGUCUGUCCAUCCCUGCCUCCCUUUGUAUUAUUGGGUUGAGUGGUUAUUUCCAUUGUUCCAUUGUGGCAGCUCCCACUCUUUGAAUUUUGAUAAAUUUCGUGACACAGCUCCUUUAAGAUGAUACAAAUUAAACUGAAAUGAUUGACAUCGUCACGCAAUGUUCACAGGGACCGCCAGGAACUGGAAAGUCUUUUGUGGGUGUGACCUUAGUUCAGCUUCUUUUGUCUAUGAAUGUACCUCAAGACCAUGGACCCAUCUUGGUAAGAUGAUUUGUAUAACCGAAUUUCAAUACCAGAUAAAAGUAGUGGAUAUAUUCUAAGGGGUUGUACUUAGAAAGUUCGUUUAGGUAUUUCUUAUUUUUCCAUCAUCACAGUAUUUCUUAGAGCAUGACCGUUGCCCGAGCGCACCACAUAAGAGGGUUUAUAAGACGCUGAGUUUACAAACUAGUAAUGAUUAAAGGUUACGGAGUGUGGGCGACAACGAUCGAAAGUCAAAACGCUUUUCCUCCAUCGCUGUACUUUGCCCAAGUUUCACGUGACAGAUGAUCAAAACAUGCGUGAUCAGAUCACGAGUGAUAGAGGGUCCAAACGCGAGUGAUCAAAUUGCGUUCUCUGCAUUCCAUUCAUUCUUAGUGGAAGUCCAAACGAAUGCUGGCUACAUACAUGCGACGCAUGCGUAAUAACAACCUCGAGAUUAGGAUUUCAGGCUCCUCUUGUCACCCGCAAUAACGUUAUUUCCCGCACUGAGCAUGACGGCCAAUCGCUCGCAUUGAGAAGUUUGUUUGUCAAAGUCGUCUAUUUGAAUUGAAAGCGAAAUAAAAAAAUGGAAUAACAUAUAUUUGAGCUUGGAAAGAGCAUAACAUUUAAAUGUGCGACAAAUUAUACGCUCAAAUUGAGUAUUUGGACUUUUACUCAUGCUUCGCUUAUCUUGAUUAAGAGUGCGUUGGAGAUUUAUUCGGUGUUUCAGGUAUUUGUGGUUUGGUGAAACCCUAGUUUACGUUUUCCAUCCACUUCGUCUCCUUUUUGCUGCCAGUAUGAAAUAUUUUAUUUAAUUGCUAAGGCUAUUUCUGUUUGCUUAAUUAUAGGUUGUGACUUAUAAGAAUCAUGCUUUAGACAACUUUUUGAAAGAGUGUCUGAGGAAAGUUUCUUCGCCUGAUCUGAAGAUUGUGCGUGUUGGAAGGUGGAGUGAAGAGGCUGGAGACGAACUGAAGAAGUGUUUGUUGAGAGAGGUUUGUUCAAACUAGGUUUUUUUUUUUGGAUCAUCCCUGAUGUAUCUUAUUUAAAAUGUAAAAGAAGUCAAGGCUCCCGUAUAGAUGAAAAAACGGAUGAGAGACAACCUGGGUACACGUUACACUUCUAAGGUGUUGAACUCUGCAUGUUGUGAACUUUUAGGCACGGAAAGGUUUUACUAGACUUUGAAUAACUGAAAGCGUUCUUGCGUGAUAACUAAAGUGAGACUAGAAUGGGCCAUUUUACAGUUAUGGAUGGAAGCGGGGCUGAGGGUGAGCUUGUUUUGAUACAAACCUUCCUGCUUUAUUAUGUAAAUCAAGUUAUUCUUAUGCUCACUAGUAUUUUUCAAGAACAAUUUCCAUAACAAAGCAAAGAAGGUUUGUAUCAAAACAAGGUCACCCUCACCCUCGCUUCCAUCCAUAACUGUAAAAUGGCCUAUUAUGGCUGCUUAGUUACAUUCUAUAAAACGAGAUGGACAGAAGACGACCUUGUACUUCUAGAAAGGCUUGACACACAAAACAGGGUAGCAUUCUUUAACUCCUACUUUUUUGUUUUCAUGUCGCACGCAAGAGGGUAUACCAAGAUGUGAAUCGCAAACCAGUGCUUUACAACCAAAAGAGAAAGGUACUUGGACAAAUAUGGGCAUUGCAACCUAAAGUCAGGGAGGCGUUUGAGAAACUCAGAACUUCCAGCCGCUUCAGUGCAGACAUGUUCUUAAAGGUAAGAAGUCACGAGACUACAACAGGGUGAGAUGGAUGCCCUUCAGGCAAGCUGUUGUUGAAGUUUACUAGCCCAGGGAAGUCAUUCAGGCCUUUCAAGCCUUUCACUAACGGACAACUUACAAUUAAAACAUGCUAGUAUGACGAGGCACUCUUUAUUCUUUAUCCGACAGCACUUUUGUCGUGCUCUGCUAAGGCAGUUUAGGGAAAAGGAACGCUAAAGUAGCUCUUAUACAUGUGAUCUAUUAGCCUGCGAAAACAGCCGUUUCCCUCGCUCUUCGCUGCUGGGGACGUUUCGCGGGGAGGAACGUCUGCGACUCAGAGACAGAAAUUCCAUACUGAUGACGUAAAAUCUGUCUGGAAUCCGGUCAGAAGCGCUGAUUGGUCGACGGAGUAGUUACAUUGUUUUAGCUAUUGUCUACGAAUGACAGAAAAAAGAUAAAAGGCCACAAGGUCAAAUGUAAAGGCGAUGAAUCUUUAACAAAACAGUCAAUAUUUGUGGAAUAUAUUCUUCUCUAGAAGAAGCAUUUGAGUUUUGCUGGAGCUCAACACAACACUUUACCAAAAUCGACCAGAAGAAACGUAAAAUUGAACAAAUUUGCUUUUGGAACCCAUUUGGACGUUCCUCCGAGCGAAACGUCCCCAACGGCGAAGAACCAGGAGAAACGGCUGUUUUCGCAAACUAGUGAUUUAUUCACCCUUUUGUGUUCAACUCUACCAUCGGCUAUAUUUCUAGCUUACAAUUGAUGUGCUUGGCCAGUUAGCGUUAUUAUUUCAUUUGGAUAGAGCAUUGCGUCAGGUCACCGCAAAGGUUAGAGUUUGAAUCACGCUCACCUAGUAAAAGUCUCAGAGGAGUGUCUGAGUUUUUACCUUACGUUAUCCAAGAAUUCGUUGAUCUUCCUUUAACAGCUGUUUUGUAGAGGAAGGGUUUUUAAGUGGCGGGUGAAUCUUACGGAGGGAUUUUCUUUAUAGAGAGCUGUCGGCGUUCAAAGAGAUAACCGUUUAUAUAAUAUGCCUGCAAAAAAUAUUUCACAUGUUGUUGGUUAUUUUUUGUCAGUCUAUAAGAACACUUAUAUUGUGUUAUAUGUAACACAUACCUUGUUCUGGAAGAUAAGAACAUUCAAUCAAUUUUUAUUCUAAAGGAAGCGUCAGAAGAGCAGCUGAAGUCCCUUGUGGUUGGCAGCAAACAAGGGAAAAUCGCAGACGAAGAAUUGGAGAAAUUAAUUAGCAAACAGUCCAUUUCUAAAAAUCAAGCAAAACUGAAAGGUAGGCGUGAAAAGCUUUUGCCUUUGAUUUUUCUUUUUCUGAAGAGCAAGGGAACCGAUGCCUUUGGUACAAGGUUAAGACGUCCAUUCAAUGCGCCAAUUGCGAGCUGCCUUAAGCCUCUGUUUUAAAGCGAGGCCAAGUGCGAAGCCAUUGACAUGAAAAUGAAUCUUAUUCUCAUUCAAAUUAAACUAAUUUUCACAAGUAAGGUUUUGCACUAAGCUUCGUUUUAAAAGUGAGAGUUUUUUUGAACUCGAGAAUGGCCUGUCAUUCUAACUGUUACGAGGAACACUUCAUUUAAGGUUAGGAUAUCGUUCUUGCUUUUUUAGAACAGUGUUACGUCAUUUGCCAAAUUUAGUUCAAGAAAGCCCAUAAAGUUUGCGAUAUACUGCAGUUUGAAUGAAGAAUUGUGAAAGGCAGACAUGAAAUGAAUGGCAUAAAAAGCAUGAUAUAAAAGGUAUCAAGCUAUAAUGAAACUUUGACAUGUAUGGUGACAUGUGUAUAUUUCAUCUUUUAACUUUGGGUCUUUCCACAUAAAAUUGCUGCGUGGAUCAAGCGACGUUUUAAAGUGUUUCACAACCAAUGUUGGUGCCACUUUCCCACUAAGUAAACAUUUAGAGCAAUCUCAGCCUGCCUAAAAUUCUUUAAAAACUAUUAUGAAUUAACCUUGUAGCUCUGAGCCGCCUAAGCCCCCUCGCCGAAAAAUUUACUGGUAUUAGUAUGUGGCGCACCGAUUUAGUCGGCUACUUGCACAGUAUAUCGUUAAUUUGAGUUUGAAGGUGAUUACCGCUAAUAUAUUCUCUCUUAACCUUUUUUGAUUUCGAAAAAGGUCGUUUACGAUAAUAGGGAGUGAUUGUCAUUGUUAAAAAAAGCCGCGCGUAGGUAUUUAGGAUGUGGCUUUUGGAAAUGAAGAAAGACGUUUCAUCAGCGCUACUUGACCAAUUUGAGCCCUUUCUUUUCUUAGUUUGAGCUUUUCAACGUCUACUCGCAUUCAAAUUUGUCGCUUCGCUGAUAAUUUACAGUUAAUGAUUUCCCUGCAUUCUCCGCGAUGAUACUAAAAUCUUGUUCUUUAGAAAGUUAUGUUGCACAUAUACAUUUUUUUGUACGGCAGAACUCGUGGAAAAUGCAUUGAUAGACUGGCUCCCUAGUCAAAAGUUGUUCGAUCGAUUUUCUGGUGAAAAGAAAAAAGUAGCGCAAGGAAAUCGGUAAGUUUUUAACCAUUGGUGUGGAUUAUUGAUAUGUGUAGUCUUUUGGUCUGCCUGUGAUUUUCUGCGGGGGGAUAUAAAAGUGAAUGCGAAAGCGGCAGGUGUUUUCAUCCCAUGUAUACUGUCUGAAAGAACGGAAAAUCGUAAUAAAAUUGCCUUUAAAAUCGCUUGUGUGAACGGGUCUUAAGUAGGACUUAAAGGGGCUGUCACCCUUCUUGUCAUCAAUUUUAAAAUAGAUCAAAAAAGCAAAACGUGUCUUCGCGUUAACUGAAUCCCAAUAAUAGUGGUCCAGGUUUGUUAUGUAGGACUGCAUUUAGGCAUUGAAAUAGUUUCCUGUCGUCUUUUGCCAUGAUGGACAUAGAUUGAAACUUGAAACCAUGGGGUCCGGUUUUUUUUUUUUUUUUUCGAAUCUUGAGUUUUCUUCGAGUCAUGAAAUGCCCGCAAAAAUCACCCAAACUAUGUUAAUUAUGGUUAGUGCUCCCUGAUGAAGUGUUUUUCUAAUAUCGUCUUUAUAACUUAACAACAGCAUUUUGUGCAUGGGUAAAGACGCAAAAAUGAUUUGCAGCUUUGCAAAGGUGUUCUUUUUGGAUUUUGGAUUCCCAGUUUCUGGGAAACUGCUCACCCAUCCCUUCCCUAAGCCAACAUUUUGCCCUAAACAAGGAGUAAGUGUUAAUGUUGGCUUAGGGCAGGGGUAGGUGGGCAGUUUCUGGGAAACUCAGUCUUUUUUCGUCAAUUUUAGACCGGCGGAAAGUGGUCAACAAAAGAGAAAAGAAGAAACAGACCAGCAGGAGAAUCCCAAUGACGCGAGAGACCCUUCUGUAGAGCAGAAGGAGCGACUUCUUGCAUUAGAUGAAGAAAUCGCUGAUGAAGAGGAUCAAAGCAUCACGAAAGAGGAAGAAAGUUCGUCUAAAUCUCAAGUCCCUCUUUCUGUGCAGUGCUUGCGCAGCCUCGUUUGCUUAGAUGACGCUGGUAAAGUAUUCUCAUGUUAUGUUUGAGUGCUGGUUUCUUUGGCUACUCGUAGUCUAAUGAAAUACCAGCAAAUAGAGCGGUUUCAUUUACGUGUCGAGCAGCUAUUCAAUUUUUUCUGGAAGAUAAGAAAUUUUUUGCAUAAGAAAAAGGCUCACCUCCCACGGGAUUGGUUUCGAACACCAACAUGGCCGCCGUUUCAUUGUUUUUGGAACACCAAGAUGGCGGACGUGACGUCAUGUGAAAACGCUCCAUAGCCCUUUUUCGCUAAAGAUAUUCAUAAUGUAGAGAGAACCUCUUUGCACUGGAGUAGGUGGGAGCUGAGUGAUGUCACAAAGAAAAGCGUGAAAUCCCGCAUAUUAAGCUCCCCCGGCUGUAAUCCCCGAUUAUGAACCUAUCUAGCCUUAAAGGCGGGUUCACUGUGACGUCAAAUACCGAUAGGAACACAAACUGCUUGUUUAUUGAACAACACGAAGUACACAUGAGAUUCGCAUAUAAAACGAUUUUCUUUCUGAUUCUUAGACAUUUCUCUUUUUUCAGAGCUGAGGCCUUAUGAAGAUAUUUUGAAUGAAAGCAAAAUUUGGGAACUUGAAGAACACAGAAGAGUACAAUUUGUUUACGUUCUUCAAAGCAAGUACUUUUCUAAAGCCAGUUCUGAGUUCAAGAAUGUGAGCAGAGCUUAUUUACAGGUAGGGGGUCUUAGACUCCGUCCAGACUAAUGUGCGAAUGUAUGUAUACAUUAUUAGUAAAAUUCAACUAGUGGUCUAUUAUGAAUGCUGCGUUCUGAUUGGUUGAGCUACUACUAGGCUUUAUGUUAUAGCCCACUAGUAGCGAAAAGCGCCGGUUUUUUGGCGGCAAAAAAGUAUUGAAGUCUAGCGUUAACUAGCUAAAAUUUUUUUAUUCUCGAUAUUUUUGACCAGCUAGUUAGAUUUUACUAAAACAAUUAUUCCUCUCGCUCUCAUGGCCUCUUAGUCAAUAGCCCAUGAGGCCUUCGGCGUCAUUGACUCAGAGCCCAUUCGGACGCGAGGAAUAAUUGUUAAUAAUCCGGUUUGACCUAGCCACUACACCAGGGUCCUCAGAAAAUUACGACGGCGAUGUUAAGGUCAGCACAAAAACAACGUUGUGAUGUGAACAUGCCCUUAAAGUUGACUGAAUUUGAAUGAAAUUGUGAGAGUGACAAUGGAAGGAAGUAUUUAGAUAACCACUGAAAUUAGUUACCUUUCGUUGAUGUCAUUCACAGCUACAUCAUCAGUUGAAGGAGGUUCGAAAUCAGCAAGAUAUUGAAGUGAUGAAGAGAUGCCAUGUUAUUGGCAUGACAGUGACAGGGGCGACCAUGAGGGCAAACUUAUUGGGUAAAGUAUAUCUCAUAGUGCAUUUAUUGUUCAAACCUUAGUAAUUUAUUGUCAGCAAAGAAACAUCUAAUAUUGUGUGUCCGAUUACAGUCUCAUUUUGCAGCCUUUCGCAACCAAGCUAGAGGCAAGUUAUGUUGGCAGAACUAGCGCGUCUAUUUGUUUCAACAAGAACACAAAGUGACAAAAAGUGCGAAGACUGAUCUUGUUAGUUUGCAUCCCCUAUUCGCAUUGUUUUCCUUGCUGUGCGCUAAAGCCUUUCAUAAAAGUUGGCAAAAGAAUUUUCUACUAUUUUUUUUUUACAUAUUAAGUUUUUCUUAUCCGUUUAAGCCGGUUACAUUUCACUGAUCGUAUGAAACAAAUACCUCUUCAUUGGUGAACAACUUGUGGUCGUGUUUUGACUUAAAAACAGUUUCGGUGACAUUCGUGUUUCUUCAUCAAAUUUUCAUUUAUUUUCAUUACGACACAAUUUAGUUUAAAGUUUAAACCAAAAAUUAUUGCAAGUGUUUCGGAGCCGCCAUAACUUGUCCUUCCCCCUUGAUUUCUCUUUAGCUGACAUAAAACCUUCUGUCGUGAUUGUGGAAGAAGCGGCGGAAAUUCUAGAGGGGCAGCUGGUCGCAGUUAUCCCGCCGACAGUUCAACACCUGAUCAUGAUCGGAGAUCACAAGCAACUGAAACCUAUGGUACACUAUCACCGACUCAAAAAACAUCACCAUUUGGAUCUGUCUAUGUUUGAACGACUGUGGAAUUGUCGUCUGCCUUGUAAGCAGCUUGGUUUCCAAUGCCGAAUGAGGGAUGAAUUUGUUGAUCUACUCCGUGAAUUAAAGAUAUAUGACAACCUUCAAACGCAUAAACAGGUAUUGCUAACUGCAGGUAUCCUUUGUCCGUAUAUGCAAACAUGUAUGCUAGGCGCCACUUUUCCCGACUUGCGGCCAUUUUGUGGGCCCUAACCGGAAAGAUUCGCAGAAAAUAACGCAGAAUAGUUUCACAAUGAUCCGCAACGAAAGCAAAAGUAAGGCAGUAUGUAAAAAGCCCUGCUACCUAAAGGGGCACCCCGCAGAGUACGUGCUGGAGAGAGAAAAUCCGCUGGCCGCAUUGGCUCGAAUUUAACCUUGCCUAAAAUAAAUUUAGCCUCAUUCCUCGUUCCUUCUUUGGAGAGACGAUGAAAACCCUGGAAUUUUUUUUUAUCUUUGAGAGAGCUUUGGCUGCAUAAAAAAAACAGGGAGGAAAUUUUCAGCAUGUCUCGGCGGUGGUGCGUAAGAGGCGAAUUAACUUAAGAAACCCUCAGAACGGAUUAGAUUCUUUGCUAGUUAGCUACAAAGACACUCAUGAAGUGUCUUUGGUCACAAAUAUUAGCCCGCUCUCCUCCCCGAACUCAAACGUGACACCUGGGUGGGCGGCUGGUAAUCGAGCCUAACACUCAUGGCGGGCUACAACAUUGGAUGUAACCUGUUAAGACACAUCGCAAAAAUACCUAGUUUUCCUGUUAUCCUGGCCAAAAAGGGAAACCGUCGCCAAACGAAUGUUAUAACAUAGCUAGAAAAUUCGCCUAAUCAAAUUCAAUAGCGCGAAAGUGUUACAUAUUCCCUUUGAGCACGCUGAUGACGUCAAUAAACUAUUCCUCGAGUUGUUGUGAGCGUAGCAAUCCUCCCAAGACGUCUCCCAAUUGCAUCCAUAUCUCAGCAGUAAACGAUGAAGCGUUUACCAUGUGCUUUAUAAGGUAAUUUAAGAGAAAACUUUUGAAUUUAUUAGUCGAUAGUAGGGAAGGAGGUUAGUGUUGUUGUUGUUGUUGUUAUUGUCAUCUCCGCAAGCUGUGCGUGUGAAGAUCAUUCUUUGCAAAGUUGUUUCUCUCAAAAAUAAUUUUUAUGUGAAUUUAUAGUUUUCCAGCACCCCAAUAUGGAUUUUACAAUCUUUUUAGAGUACACUUUCUCUCAGUUUCAGGAUAAAAACAUAAGCUUAACUGUGAGGAAAAAAAUAUAGUCGCGUAAACAUUGACGCGUACUGCUUUUAGCGCGUCCUACAAUAAUAAAAUUUUCAAUUAACCACUGCAUUGAUCGCUUUGAUAAUAUUAUAAAACAAUUAGGUUCAUGCGUCAGCGUGCGUAUGUCGAGAUAUUGAGCAGUUGGGAAGUUUGGACAGCAGUCAAAAGGCUGGAGUUGCUCUCGGCUGUGCCUCGAGCAACUCUUACGCCUCUUUCGUGCUCCACAACUUUCCGCGUGAUCAAUAUCUCGACAUACGCACGCUGACGCAUGAACUAAUUGUUAACUUGUCUUCCCCCUCCCCCCUCCCCUUUCUUUAAUGUUAUCAAGGAUAACACAAGAAUUAUACACGUUGGUUUUAUGACCAAAACAACUUUGAGUAGAGAGUUGGAAGGGGUCUUGGUUUUUUUCUGUUCAGAGGUGAUUGUAGUAUGGCGCCAAAGUAAGAAAAUAGAUGGGACUGUGUUUAACAGAUUUGUGCGAGGUUGUAGCCGUUUACUUACCCUGGGUUCCAGAGGAUAUUUUUUUUCUUAUUGACACUGAUGGUUCGAGGAGAAACCGCGUCAACGAGGCGUGAAGCGCCGAGGGGAGCCUUUUCAAACCGUAAGCAGGGUUUAUUUCAUAUUAGGUAUAUUAGAGCCAGGGUACCAUUUACUACGUUCUAGACAUGUGAUGCGCGCGCACUGUGUAUUGCUACGAUAACAUAAGCCUUUUCGUCAAUAAUACGAUGUAAUUAAUAUUGCUUAUUGGCUCUUGCCAAUUUUUCUUUAUUUCUUUAUAUCAUUCAGCUGGUCGAAAACAACGUACGCCCAGCUUGUGUCGAGUCUAGCAUGUACUUCUGGACACACACCAAGUGGGAAGGUGAAGCUUCGCAUAGCAAGCGAAAUUCUCGAGAGGCUGAAGAAAUAACUAGAGUUGCGAAAUUCUUCUGCCAAGAGGGCGAGGUACAUCCCGCAAAGAUCACUGUUCUUUGUUCAUAUCGAGGACAGGCAAGUGUAAAAGGUUCCAUUUUGCCGUGCUUUUGUUCAGUAACAGAUCACAGAUGACGUCAAAGCAUGGUAAAGUAAAGAAAACAAGUUUCUUUUUGAUCUCAUCCAUGUGUCUGCAUGUACUCUAAUAGGCCAUGGGCAACAACCAAUCAAAGCGCGCGCGUAAUAUUCGUCACAUUGUAUAAGACUGAACAGACGCACGGGAAAUGUAAUCUAUGCCGAUAACAACAAAAACAACAACAACAAACACGUCUCUCAAAGCCGUCUCGACUGGCGGAUCAAAGAUUGUUCUAAUUUUAUUCUCUUAUUUGACCCGUGUUUCCUGGAAGCCUUGGUAAUUUUUCUCUUUAUAUCUUUCCUUUCUCGCAGGUGAAAGAAAUAGAAAGCCACUUUCGUUCAACUGAGAUUACUGCGUUGGAAGAUAUAAAGGUCACCACAAUUGAUAGUUUUCAGGUGGGAUAACGCGAACGUCUUUCCAGCCUCCGAAAUGCUCCGAAAGUGCACCGAAAUGCUCUGUCCGUGUGUAUGAAUCUUGGCUAUUUUUUCAGAGAAAAUAAGAGCUAAAAACUCAGCAUUUGUUAGAUUUAAGACACUCACGAAGAAGAAAGAUUGGUGUCUUCUGUAUUUUCUUGAUAAAUUGUGAAUGAGUUUGAACUGUCAAGGACCGGUGAUGAUGAUGGGCCCCAGGGAACGCCGAUAAAUUCAUGGAUCGAAAAUAGUUCCUUUUUUCGGCUUUUAACCCACCUAGCACCUUAUAGAGCAUUAUUAUAUGGCAGUGUCUCAAAAGCACUGAAAAUAAUCUAAUUCAGGUAUUUCAUUGGAUAAAAUCAACAUUGACUGGGGUUUAGAUCUUCCCGCUCAUGGAAAAGAAAAGAAAACUAGAAAUCAAUGCAUAAAAUUCAAAAGGAAUGCUUGGAAUUACAUUACGGUCCAUCUUUAGAGGGAUUUGAAGAGCAUUGUCUUCUUAAGUACUAGAACAACUACAGAAACGAUAAACUGGAAAAAUACCAAGGUUAACCACACUUUCUCUUCUUGACUCAUAUCGUGAUGAGGGUCAUCUUUACCCCACGCCUUCUGUGUAGCGUCCUUAAACACAAGAGCGACGACGAACGUCGAUUCGCUCGACAGUCUCCUGCAAACAGUUCAUCUGCUGUAAAUGAUCUAAUAGACGCCCGGGGCGUUAUUUAAUUCUGAUGGUCCAAAAGAAAACGUUUAAUUGGUAGGAGGCUUUUAUUCUCCGAACUGCGACCAUCUCAGCAAAACGUAUAUGCUAUUCUCGAAAAAAUCAAGAAAGUUUAAAAAUAGUGGAAUAGCUAGGCCAUCAAUGGAUACAUCUAGGCCGUCUAUAGAUCCCUAUCACUCUUUCAAAUCUCAACAUCGUCGACAGAUCCGAAUCCUCGCUUAGGAUCAUUUUGUUGUCAAUGUCAGUCUGUCCUUAUGAGCAAGAAACGAUGAAAUAACCCUUGUUCAUCAGGCAAGAAACUGAAUAAAUGAGUUUGUUCCUUUUUUUGCUACCGGUAAUUCUUAGUAUUUUGCAGUAAUUCUCAUGGGGGGAGGGGGUGCAUGGGGGCGUUUAUUAGAGGGGACGUUUAUUAGAGAGGGGCGUCCGAUACAAAGUUAACAUUGCUAGUAGCGGGGGCGUUUAUUAGAUAUUAGUAAAAUCCAACUUGUGGUGUAUUAUCAAUGCUGCGUUCUGAUUGGUUGAGCUACUGUUAGGCUAUAUGUUAUAGCCCAAUACUGGCGAAAAGCGCCAGCUUUUGGGGGACAAAAAAGGAUUAAAGUCUAGCUUUAACUACGUCAGCUUAACUUGUUUUGACUCGAUAUUUUUGACCAACUAGUUGGAUUUCACUAAAACAAUUUUUCCUCUCGCCCUAAUGGCCUCUCAGUCAAUAGCCCAUUCGGCCUUCGAACAGAAGUUUAUUUGAGAGAGGGCGUCUACCAGAUCAUUUAAGGCAUGCCACUAAGCUUAAUCCCUUUUCUUCGAGUAAUAAAGGAAAUAGAGAGGAGAAGUCGUUACGUCACGUUGCCAUGGUAGCAAAAUUUCUGGACAACAACAAACCGAAAACAUCACUUAAAAAGUGAAUUCGCACAGUUUCAAACUUCGACGAUGUUAUUCAAUUUCAUUUAAUUUGUCAAAUGAUGGCGAAAUUUUCUGGGUUUAAAUCCGGAAGGACCGAAUUUAGAAAAAGAGAAUUUUUGCGUUGUGCUCUCCUACUUCGUAAAGCGGGUGCGUGAACUUAGUCGAGCAACGACGGCUAAGAAACGUACCAAAAAGCGCGAUGCACGUGCGCAGUUGUUGUUUUGCUGAUCUAAACCUAUUAUUUUUUUCUAGUUUACUCUGCCGUCGCCAGCAUCGUUGCUUAAGCUCCCGGUUGUGGCGAUCCAGAAAUUUUGCUACCAUGGUAACGUGACGUCAGACUUCUCCUCUCCACAGGAGAUGUCUACACGCAGGCUACUCCACCAUGUCAGGAUUCACUGUGUAUGAAUAUUUCUUUUUCAAUCACAGGGUCAAGAAAAUGAUAUAAUCCUUGUUUCGCUGGUUCGAAGCAACAAAGAAGGUGUUAUUGGAUACCUAGCAUCAAUGGACCGCUUGUGUGUGGCUAUUUCUCGGGCGCGUUGUGGUCUUUAUCUUUUCGGAAAUCAUGCGCAUUUGUCGCAGAAAUCUAAGAAAGGUUGGAAGGUAUGUAAUAGGAACUACUUAAGAUACACCGUUUUGCCUAUACUACGGUUACGUGUAGACGAACAUGUUUACACGUGGUUAUGCAAAAGACGAUACUCAUGAUUUCGCAGUUGUGAUAAUGGCAUCACCUUUCCAACCGGUAGUCUAGCAGUUUCUCUAGGGUAAGAGGCCAUCUACCCGUAUUUAGGGCUACGCGUACGAGUAAUUUACCCGUACCCAUACACGGAAACGGUGUAUCUUAAGGUCUCUAAUGUUGCGUAGAUAUCAGUUGACAAACUAGAAGCUGAGGUGUGAGCUUUCAUCUUUACAGCUAGUGUCUACAAAGCAGCUGCACCCCUACAGAAAGUUCCGUCCUGUAGACUCUUGUUUUAACUGAGGUCAACGUCGUGUUAUUAAUAGUUAAAACACAAAUUAUGUAAAACCUUCUUUUAAAAACGUCUGUUGUUUAUCCUACGUUGGUUUGCCUCGGCUCCAUUUAUAUUUACAUACAUCUAUUUUUAUCAUUCACUAGCUUUCAACUGAAUGGUCCACGGGCCCAAAAUUUGGGAUAUUUCGUGCACCAUGAAAGAAAAAGCAGGCGCACACAGAAUUUUAUUGUAUAUCAUUUAAAAAAAUGCUUUGCUGCUUACCGAAUGCAGCAAGCAAUAAGCAUACCUACAUACUUACAUACUUUAUUGUAACUCCCUCAAAGGGCUUUUCGGUUACAAGACAAAUUAUCAAAACAAAAAAGGUCGGAGGAAAUAACAGUUAUGUACGAAAAAUUGAUUACAAAAUCAUUAUAAUGCAUCAGAUAGGAUUAGCUAUUUACAAAAUUUUUCCAAAAUGAGGAUGAUGAAGUUAAGAGGGUAACAACUUAAGCGCAUCCACCCAUAAUUUAAACGCGCCUUGACAUAGAUUUACGAUACGCGUUAUAAUUUCUGUUUCUCUCUGACGAAACGUCAAUCACGUUGAUUUUAAUUCACGCUAAACGAAAAUGUACGUGCCAAAACCCAAAACGGCAGAAAAUUAACCAAUAUAAUGAUACACCUGGUGCUAGAGAUUUUAAGCAAAUCUACCGAAAGACGCCAAUUUAUUGUUAAACCAUUUCAUCAGAGAUUUACAAUUGAAUAUGCAGAUUGAAAUAAGCCCAAUGUGGUAAGUACACGAGUGGCAGCAACGAAACUCGUCUAAUAAGGAUCAGUAAGCGAGGAUUUAUGUUAAAUACCAAGGCUUCUGGAGCUGCACUGCAAGGCACGAGCUCAGAAAAUGCCAGCAUGGAAUCAUGCACAGUGUGCAUGUCCGGUAGGUGCAAUGCAGGGGCCACCUGCUGCAUUUGGAAACUGUUACUCUCUUACCGUUCUGACAAUAAAGCAUCCAUACGCAUGCAAGUUCACAUUUAAGAUAAUGAUAUUAGAUUAAUAAAAUAUUAUAAAUUGUUUUCAAAGAAUGACUGACUUUAAUAGGGUUGAUACCCACUGUCGCGCAAUUUUUCCCUGCGAAGACGCGUAAAUGAAAUAGAGGCAAUAUAUGAAAGGGCACGCGUAGGCGUAAAAGGUGAGCGAGGUUCAACUUUUACGUAUACGCGUGACCUUCCGUACAUGGUCUCCAUUUUAUUUACGCGCGUAAAAUUCACGUCCGUACGCACGGAAAAAUUACGCGACAGUAGAAAUCCACCCUUGAGGUUGAUUUCCGCUGACGCAUGUUUGGCUACGCACGUUAACGCGCGUAAAUUUUAAUCACGUAAAUAAAGUAGAGGCAAGAUAUAAAGUGUUGAGAUUACACGUUAAGUUCCGGGAGGUUCUAUUUUCACGCUUACGUGCGACCUUUAUUUGCCUAACCCUAACCCUAAGGGUUGAUUUCCAGUGUCGCGUAAUGUUUACGUGCGUACGUGCGUAAAAUUUACGUUCGCAAAUAAAAUAAAGACAAUGCAUGAAAGGUCGCACGUAAGCGUUAAAGUUGAACCUCGCUCAACUUUUCGUUUAAACUCAGCACUUUUUAUCUUGCCUCUAUUUUAUUUACGCGAUUGAAAUUCUCUUUCGUUAACGUGCGUAGCCAAAACCGCGUAAGUGGAAAUCCAUCUCUAGGCUAGAGAGCCUAGUGAUGCCGAACUCCAAACCACCACUGAGUGGUGGAAUCAUUACUCGAUACACAUCUGUGAACCGGAUUGACUGUUUCAUACCAUCCGAAGUUAUCCUCCCCUCCCGGUAACCUCACUGCACCUGUGGAUUGGCUGGUAAACUGACACCCGAUCGUUGGACCGUAAAACGAAUCAGUAUGCGCAUGCCAAUUAUCUGUUUGGACGAACUGAGCCGUGCAGUUGCUACAGUUAUAUCCUCGGAUGCUAAUAAAUUCGUAUUUUUUACAUGCACCACGGCCAUUAAAGCGCAUAACGUCGAUAUCAUUCAACUUGGCCCUUAAGUAAUCUCUGUAUUUAAGGUCUUCAGUGUUAAAGUUGCACGUUGCUCGCAAGUGCGUUGAACGGUUUGCUGUGGCUGUCAUACGUGGCAAAGAUAGACGAAACUUGCCCCAUGUAAAAGCUUCCUGAUUUUUUGGAUAGUCUUUGUAAAAUGCUUUGUCCUUAAAUUCAUGAUUGUUACGAAGGCUGAAAGAUUCGAUCAAAGUCCAAAUGAACCCUUUUUCAGAGAUAGCAUCACAAAAGACCUCGUACAUGGACAUAGUCGUUGGGUCAAACAGUUGAUACACUCCGGACUUGCUGCCUUCGUUUUCCCGUAGUUGCUCUUUGCAAGAUGUUGCUCUUCGUUUCUGACAAAGUCUGCCGUAAUAUCCCACUGCGCAUGUACAGUUGAACUUGAUUUUAGCGUCUUCACAUAACUCAGUGCAGGUGCCACCAUGAGCACAUAAAUUCUGAUUACAGCACUUGUUAAGGAGUGGUUGCUCUUUGCAAGCCUCGUUUACAAAUUUCUAUAGUACAACGGGAGAGUAUGUUAAAAGUGCAUGUAGGAAUAAUCUUUAUACAUGAUUAUAGAUUAUUAUUUGCACGACCCUCUCUUUUUUAUAAUGUGCCUUAAAUAAUAUCUCCUUCUUAUGAAUUUUAAUUAAAGCUCCGCUUUUAGGUUUGCCCAAUUUGCAAAUGCGCAAUAUUUACUCUGUUGAAUCAACUUCCUUGCUUUAUAAACUGUCAACAAUAUGGGAAUGUUUUGUAAAGAGCUCGGCGCGCAGAGCGUUAAGCACAAGAAAAAUCAAGAAAGCUAUUUUUUCUUCCACAUUGUUUUGCACAAACAAGAAACCUCUUGCCUCAAAAUAAGAAAGGGAACACAGAAACCACACGACGUGAGUUACAGAUAUUGUUAAUCCAUCCAAUAUUUUUGGGAUUCGAACAACCUGCACCAUGAGGGGAAGUGUAACCAAAAGUUCUUAAUUUCAAGAGGGACAUAAAGGGGUCUCUGAAGAAAAGAGGGUGCUGAAAAUUAAGGAACAAGAUUUUAAGUACCACAUCCUUAAAAAAGCGACACGAAAUUUGAAAGCUGAGAUGCAUGUUGUCCUCCUUUUCAAAACGUCAGCCUUCCAAACCCGGGGGGUACUCCCCUAUAUAAGCUAGUAUACAGGUAUGUGCCACCCCACCGGUAGGGUUUUUGUGCUGUUUUGGUCUGAAAACGGGUAUGGUUUUCUUCGAGGGCACUUACGGAAGUGUAUGAACGUAUUUGUCGUCUCAAUUCCAAAUGAGUAAGAAAGAAAGAGAAAUUUGGGAAUUCGAAUUGGAUUUGAAGAAUUGUUUUGUUUGCGCUCCAGGCUAAGUAAAGCUAACAUAGUUUCUGCCUAAAGGACAGGUCUGGAAACGGGUAUGGAUUUUAGAGGUCGGGUCUGAAAACGGGUGUGGAAAAUUACAGUUUUUCGCAGUCUGAAAUAGGGUCAGGAUUUGGAGAACCAGGCGGCACACCCCCACCAAGAAUUCCCAGGAGUACCCCCCGAUUCCAAGAUAGUGCAUUUCUAUCAAAAGAUUGCAACCUCUUUUGUUAACUACAGGACGAGGCAAUACCGAAUAAAGCCGAAAUAUAAUGAUUACUCUGAUUAAGUAUAAUCUCGACAGACUGUCUGUGUCUUCCUUUGGCAAAGCCGGAGACAUUCGACAUUAGAUUCACUGGUUACCUGAUUGACGUAUUCUCUUUUCAUUUCAUAAUAAGUGUAUCCCUUUUCCUUGAGGAAGUCUUCAGGAGCAGAAAAUCUGUCUUCAUCCAGCAACUCGCAUCGAUUUUCCCUUAUUUGGUACGCUUGGCAUUUACAUUUCUCCUCAAAGCAUUUUACAUGACAGUCAAACGGUUUCGACAGCGUGUAAUUUCUAAAGCUGUGUCCCUGCAUAGCCAGAUGUUUUAUUCCCGUCUUACCAAUACUUCCACUGCUUUGUUCGCAUCUUCUCUGGCAGUUUGUGGCUAAUUUCAAACUGCAGAUAUCAAGAAAUAUCGAAACGAAAAGGAAAUAGUUCGCCAGUGUCAUGGUUUUAACUUAAAAUAUCACUUAGGAGUAUUCUUUCCAGAGCUAAAAUUCCCUAUCAAAUAACCAACCAGUUUGAAGAAAAAGAAGGUUUUCGCAAAUGAAACGUGCUUUGUAUAAGAAAAGGAAAUUUAAUAUACAUGUAUAUUUUAUGGAAAUAAGCAUUUACCGAGCUUAGUGACAAACUGUUUCAACAAAUAAGUUAACUCAGUGUUUGUUUGUCAUUUCUCCCUUUCGGAUUUCUAGUGACUGGGAUUCGAGGAUACGGCAUGCAUCCUCCAGCGUUUUAGACUAUUUUUCAGCUUGCAUUUUAUGUUUCUUCAGUCACCGUUACCGCAAGUAACUAAAAACGCACCCAGACUUUAAUUUCUGUGAGAUAUGCUAAAUAUAAUUAGCGAAUGUUGAGCGAAAUGUCAAUCUUGUUCACGCUGAUGAAAUAUUUGUCUGCUGACUGAAAUCACCAGUCGCUGGAUAAAUUAGACGUAUGUCUAAUUUUGUGAAGCCAUAUGAGAAAAAAUGGUCAAGGACGCAAUUAGAAAGCACGAUUAGUUAAAUGACAGUUGAUGAAAUACAUAAGCCGCCUCGGCCAGGUGGCAAUUCUUCAAUAAUUGAAUUGAAUUUCAAUUAUUCAUUUGGAAGAAGUAGUUUGACAAGUCACCUUUUAACAUUAUCAUUGAUGCCAUUUCAAAGCACAGACGAUCACGCGUGUGAUGCAUUAUCAUGGGAUCCCUGUGGCAAUGGUGAUGAAAUAGAACUCUUAGUUUUACAGCCACGUAUAAAGAGCAAGUUGAGUCUUAGGUGUGAUCAAGUGCCGGACAUUUUUUUUUUCUCUCGCCAGAUUGUCAGUGAUUUCAUGCGGAAGAGGAAGCAACUUGGCUGUAGAUUUCCAUUCCGUUCUAGUGUAGAUUCGGUGAGUAACACCAAAAUUCCAAAUAGGAUUGUGAGAAAUAUGGAACCUCAUAGAGGUUUUACCUACAGGCGGUUAAGGCAGUGUUCACCUUUGACCACCGGGUGUUUUUUCGACCAGUGGUUCUACUUUCUUUGGAAUUGCCGGUUUUGGCCUGAACUACCACACUCAAUUAACGUCAAAUUCGAUGCUGUGAUCCGCGUCAGGAUUAGUUCAGUCGGCCGGUAGAGCGCUGAGCUGCAGAGUAGAGCGGGAAGUCGCGGGUUCGAUUCCCGAAGCCGGACCAAUACUCAGUAUCUUAAAAUAACCGAGAAAUUAAGGUACUACCUUUGCCCUGCAAAUGGCUAGACCUUUGCGUGGCUCGGAUGGCCACGUAAAAUGACGUUCCCGUCUCCAGUAGGCGACGUCAAACCCAUAAUGCCCGCAAUUCGUCCUUUCGUACUAAAUACAUUGACACUCAAACAAAGUGCAUUUUUUGUGUGCCUGUUCUGAGGUAAACGCAAAACCCCUUUCUGGUUUCUUUACACGCGUCCCUUACUAACGCAAGUUCGAAGUAACCGUUCGGCCACUAAGUCUUGACACUUGCUAAUUCACCUUUUGUGGAAUCUUCCUAAUGACAAAUUGUGGUUCUAUUAUUCAAAGGAAAAUCAUUCCCCACCCUUCCCACCCCAACCAAAGACUGAAGCCAACCGUUUCGGUAAUCCUGGCUAUUCUUAAGUACCGUAAAUGCUCGAAUUAGCGCCCGGGGCGCUUAUUUAAUUUUCUUAGGCGAGAGGGGGAGCGCUAAUUCGAAGGGGGGCUCUUAUUUGAAGGGGGGCGCUUAUUUCGUUUGUCAGUUUUUAACCUCAAAAUGACACUAUCUUUACCGAAAAUGGCCUCGUAAUUCCAAGAACUUUUAAGGCAGUAACAAGGAGCCGGCGAUUGGGAGCAAUGUUUUACGAGGAACUUAAUAAAGUGAAGCAGCUAUGUGCUCACAUGGAUAUUUCUAUCAAGGAAGUGAGAAGCAAACCCGUGCGACUUUGAAAGGACAUUACUGUUUAUACUAUUUAGCCAUCUCACAUUUCAUUAAAAGGACCGUAUAGACCGUAUACGUCUCGUAUAUCGUACCGUGUACCGAAACUCAUUUUUUCUCGGGGCAGGGGGGGGACGCUUAUUUGAAGGGGGCGCUUAUUACAAAAUUUGAGCCUUAGGAGGGGCGCUAAUUCGAAGCGGGGCGCUUAUUUGAAGCUGGGCGCUAAUUCGAGCAUUUACGGUAAGUACUAUUUUUUUUACCAGGAAUCUUUAAAGCCCGCUCAGACUUCCUUUGUUGGUGAAUCUCCAGGCAAGUAUACAAAAUGUUAUCCAUUGCCCUUACGUACUAUAGUUUUUUCCCUGUUGAUAAUGCUUUUUUUUUCUGGAAUGUCUUCUGCUUAACCUGCACUCUUUUUCAGGGACUUUUCAGUUAAACACUUUUCCGGGACACUGGUGUUUACAACAGUUUAAAAAUUGUAUCCGGUGUAGACUGCAAAACAGUCCGUUCAUUCCCGUAGUCAAGCACGCGCACUUCGCGCAUGUGGCGUGUAAGGCUCGCGCGCUUCACGCGUGUGAGAAAAAAUACCCGAGUGCUUUUCAGUCUAAUUCUAUUUUCCAGUAAGAGGGAUAUGUGCCAAUUUAGGCAGAGUAAGUUUUACGUCACAAUUGUUGGUGGUUUUUCCCAUGGUCAAGAACUUUGAAAGUAUUCUUUUAUUCCCAAGACUCGUGUAAUCUCAGUAUAAAUAAUGCACCCUUCAUCUAUUUUUCUGCUUCACCGAUUCCUAAGCAAUAACACAUCAGUCGGUGUCAGCUUCUCUCGACGCAAGCUCCUUUACCCCGUGCAUGUUUCUCUCUGGCUACAUGUACAUAGGCCUCCAUUGGGACUCUCCAUUGUCUGGUCUCCAGUCUUGCCUUAAGUAACCUGAGAUCAGUCCUUGGUGAUGAAAUAUUAAUGUUGAAAGCUUUUUUUUUUUAUCUCCCAGCUGGAGGUAACGUAAUAAAUGUCAACGCUCAACAAGCAUUUCUUAAUGUAGGAGGGGCAGCCUCAGCGAAUACCAUCAACGCUCCCAGUUCAGGUUGGUAUCGGUAGGUUACCUUUGGUAGUGAUGGAUGGUGGUUUUUUGUCCAGGGCCAUAUCCCGGGAGGAGGGUACUCAAUAAAGUUUUAUACGAGUAGGCUCCGCCUCGAGGUGCAACCCCUUACCCUUUUUAUAUGCAUUCAUGACAGACUGGUACCCCUUUCGCAUACCUUCUAUUGACAAAUGGUACCCCUUUUACAUACCUACAAUCUUGGACAAAACUGAUGAGAAAAUUGUGUACUUGGGGAGCAUUUUUCUGAACAUCGUAGCUGUACCAGUUCUUUACUCUCCUCCUUCCCCUGAAAGCGAUGUUGUUGUGUAUUCAAAAGAAAGCCUGAUCCCUGGGCGUUUCUAGGAAGCAACAUUGAAUUGGGGGAAGGGGAUUUCUUUCCGCAAAGGCGUCGUUUGGGAAAUAGUUUUGUUGUGUAGGAAAGUGGACAUGAUGGGAAAACUUUCUCAAGUAGUUUUGUCCGGGAUUGUAGCUCAGGGCUUUGCAUCCCUUGCUGUAAAUGCAUUGUCUCUAAAAUAUGAAUAAAUCACAAAACCAGAACUUUUUCUCGACUUCACAGCCAUAAUUUGUAUCUUUCAGCCCUUUUUGUGCCUUAUUAAAGACUCGAAUGAAAGAUUUCCCUAUUCCUUCCUAUACUUCAAGUAGAACUAGUGAAAUGCCUACCAUUUCAUAUGCCCGAAGCGGAUCCUCCCCAUAUAGGCCAUUAGAGGUGUUACCCCCCCCGGGGAGCAAAUUCCCUUCCUUGUCUAGAAGCUAAACGAAAGCAGACGCCUGAGUUUGGGCAAAAACCAGGUCUGACGCUAUACAAACAACGCCACCGUGUUUCUUUUCGUAGUGCGAAAGGCCAUGAUGGGAAACACGUUUUCCUUUAAGAAUUCUGAUAAUUAUUUGGCUUUUUUAAAUAUUCCCUUGACCGUUUUUUGUUGUUGUUGUUGUUAUCUUUGCCUAUACAGGGGAUCCUUCAUUAAUCGCUUCGUCCCCACCACAGUCAGGUAUACGUUUACCAUCUCAGAUACCUGGCAAGACGCCUGUUCAGGAUCCAAGGUCACCACUACCAGUUGUUAUGUCCCCCUUCGGCACUGGGACACCCAGGUCGAACACUCAAGACGCAAGAUCGCCUACACAAGCUACCUCUGGCGGGGAGAAAUCUCUUGACGGUGAGGAUGAGAAGCUGAAAGAAAGGCCAGUUCAAGAGUCUGCCAACCCGCCAAAAGACAGCACGGAUGAAAGCUUGAAACAUCUUGCAGGCGAACAGGUCUUUGAAGAGAAGCCAGUACAAGAAAUUGAAGACGUGACAAAGGAUGAGAAGAUACAGCAACCCAAAUUUGGCCCGGAGGAUUCUCUUCAAGAAGGUUUUGAAGAGUUUGAUAAAGAAAAGCCACUUCAAGAGACUGAGCAGACUGGCAAAAAUCAAACAGUUGGCGAGCAGUCCUUACAGCAUUUUGAAGAGUUUGAAAAAGAGAAACCUGUACAGGAGACGAAAGAACCUGGCAAAUAUGACACGGGCGGGGAUCAGUCCUUGAAGAGUUUAGAAGAUACUGAGAAACAGAAACCAUUUAAGGAGAGUCCAGGCAAUGAAACGGAAGGUCUCUCUGAGAGAAAACCUUUACAGGAAACCGCUAAUUCCGCUGUCAAGACCAAAAGUACCGUAGAAGAGGAGGUACGUCUUACUCAGGAGACCGUGAGUCCAAUUAAAGGACUUACUGAGGAAUCUGAUCAAGUUAAGAGCGAGUCGUUGCAGGAGACGGGAAAACCCAGCCAAAGGCAAGAUGCGGAAGGAGAAAACACAGAAGAAAUUCAAACGGGCAACGACGUGUCUUCAGUUGACAAUCCCGAUGUGAAGCGACCUAAGCAAGAAACUGCUAGCUCUGAAGCUAACUCCGACAGUUUGAAAGAAGGAUCUGUCCCCACUCAAGAAACCAUGGCCGCUGGCAAGGGACCUUUUGAGGAGUCCGGGCUUGAAGUGGGUGUCAAGGUGCAACCAACAGAUGACGUACACGACAAUUUGCCUCCAGCGGGGAAUCCCGAGUCGAUAGAGCCUAAACAAGAAACAGCGAGCCCUGAUAAAGAGUCCGAUAGUUUGAAUGAAGAAGUUGUUCCCACUCAAGAAACCACGGCGGCUGGUAAAGGACCUUUUGAGGAGUAUGGGGUUGAAGUGGGCGUCAAGGCGCACCCAACAGACGAGGUACACGACAAUUUGCCUCCAGCAGAGAAUCCCGAGUCGAUACAGUCUAAACAAGAAACAGCGAGCUCUGAAGUUGAGACUGACAAUUUGAAAGAAGAGGUUGUUCCCACCCAAGAAACCAUGGCCGCUGGUAAAGGGCCUUUCGAGGAGUCUGGGCUUGAAGUGGGGGUCAAAGCGCAUCCAACCGACGAGAAAGAAUAG